AUGUCCAGCAGAACAGAAAGAGCAUGCAUGCUAUGCGGAAUUAUCCAAACCACCCAGCAGUUCAACGACAACGGGUGCCCCAACUGCGAAAGUAUCUUGAAGAUCGCGGACGAGGGCUACGCCGACGUCACAUCCCCGGCGUUCGAGGGUUUGGUGGCUGUAGGUGAUCCUGCCAACUCCUGGGUUGGAAAAUGGUUGAGAAUUAACAACUUCAUCCCAGGCAUGUACGCCGUUAAGGUCAACGGGAAGUUGCCGCCAUCGGUGGUGCAAGACAUGGAAGAGCAGGGCUUGACCUACAGGCCGAGAGACGGUAGUGCCCUUGAUUAA